AUGGCUACGGCGGACAUCGAAGCCGCGACGGCUUUAAAGGUGCAAGGCAACAAAGCCUUCACGAAACAUUCCUGGCCAGAGGCAUUGGAUUUCUAUUCGAAAGCGAUUGAAAAGUAUGACCAGGACCCAUCUUUUUGGUGCAAUAGAGCGCAGGUGAAUAUUAAACUCGAAGCAUUCGGAUAUGCUGUCGCCGAUGCGACCAAAGCUAUCGAGCUCGAUCCUUCCUAUGUCAAGGCUUAUUGGAGAAGAGCCGUUGCAAACACCGCCAUCUUAAACCCUCGCGCGGCUUUAAAAGAUUUUAGGACUGUCGUAAACAAGGCACCUCACGACCGUGAUGCAAAAUUAAAGUUGGCUGAGUGCGAAAAGUUGGUGCGGCGGAUCGAAUUUGAAAAGGCGAUUGAGGUUGCCGAGCCGCCGUCUGCAUUUGAAGGACUUGAUGUCGAUGCUAUCAACGUUGAAGACUCGUACGAUGGCGUUCGACUAAAAGAUGAGAUGACGCAAGAAUUUAUAGAUGAUAUGAUGUCGCGAUUCAAAACAGGAAAGAAGAUUCACAAGAAAUAUGCCUAUCAGAUUGUGCAAGCGGUGAAGGAAAUUGUUUAUAAUGAGCCGACAAUGGUGGAGAUUGGCGUGAAAGAAGGCACAAAGUUGACUGUUUGUGGUGACACGCAUGGCCAAUAUUUCGACCUCAUGGAAAUUUUUAGACUCAAUGGUCUCCCCUCUGAUAAACACGCCUACUUGUUCAAUGGUGAUUUUGUUGAUAGAGGAUCCUGGUCAACUGAAAUUGCUCUCCUCCUUUUUGCAUUCAAAUGGCUACGCCCUGAUAAAUUCUUCCUCAACCGAGGGAACCAUGAGACAGAUGAUAUGAACCGUGUCUACGGCUUUGAGGGCGAAUGCAAGGCCAAAUAUACAGAGCGCCUCUUUAAGGUGUUUUCAGAAACUUUCUCUGCGCUUCCGCUUGCAACCCUAAUUGGUGAAAAAUACCUGGUUCUCCAUGGAGGCCUUUUCUCAAAUGAUGAUAUUACCCUUGACGACAUACGCAAGUUUAACCGACAUAACCAGCGACAGCCUGGCCAAUCUGGCUUAAUGAUGGAAAUGCUAUGGGCGGAUCCCCAAGUUCUCCCUGGUCGCAGCCCUAGCAAGCGAGGUGUUGGCACAGAGUUUGGUCCCGACGUAACGAAACGUUUCUGUGACAAAAAUGGCCUGAAGGCGAUCAUUCGUAGUCAUGAAGUACGAAUGGAGGGUUAUGAUGUUGAACACAAUGGCCAGUGUAUCACAGUUUUCUCCGCACCAAAGUACUGUGAUAACACAGAUAAUAAAGGCGCCUAUAUCAAUAUUGAUCCUAAGCUCGACCUCGAUUUCCAUAAAUUCGAGGCCGUCCCGCACCCCGAUAUUAAACCAAUGGCUUAUGCUCAAAAUUCUAUCAUGUCUCUUAUGUGA